AACGGUUGAGAUGAGAAACGGUGGGGGAUGGACGGCUGAGAUGGAGAAUCGGACCCGUUCGAGCUUGAGACGACGCAGCGGUGAACUCACCGGCAUUUUAACCCGCAUUGAUGACGACAAGAACUACACAACGGCUAUCGCCGUCGCCUCCUCUUCCUUCCUCGCUCCUCAUCUUUCCAAGAUCCAAAUCUUCAAUUGGCAACUAAUAGGAAUCAUCAAGAAGCCGACCAUGGUCUUAAGAUAUUAGCUCUUCGGUAGACCACUGCACAUGAGUACCCCACCCGUAAUCUAAUAUCUGAUGAGGAUCCAAGACACAAGUCCACUGCAUUAUGAGCUGCUUCCUCCAUGCACGUAGCCUCAGUAAAACCACCACGCCACCACACUGCUUCUUCCUCUUUACCGUAGACUCGUACUUCUCUACUCAGGCACAGCCAGCGUAGACAAACACGUUGCGCUGAGAACAUGCCAUAAACAAAGCACUCCCCGCGGCCCUGUCUGCUUCCCCCUUCUAUCUUCCCUUCUCUUUGUUGGCUUCUUUUCAGGGCGAGGUAAACCACAAUCGCGUCACCUUCUCCCUCCACAAUGCCAUCAACACCCUCCGCUGCAUCAUCAUCAUCACCGGAGGCAGUAGCAGCAGCAGCAGCAGCUGUAGCUCCUUUUUCCGUCCGCAACAGAAGGGCACUGCACGUGCCUUUCUUCCCUCUUCCUUCCCCUCCUCCGGCUCAGUCGCUCCCCAAGUAUCCCUCGUCCUCCUCCACCCCCUUCUUCCCUUUCUACCCCUCCACUCCGCCGCCGCCACCUCCCCCGCAGCCCACCUUCCCUGCCAACAUAUCCUCCCUCACCUUCCCCGGCUCCCGCUCCGCCCCUCCCCACCGCCACAGCUCCGUGGUCGUCGCCGCCGUCCUCCUCCCCCUCCUCGCCCUCGGCCUUCUCGCCGCAGCGGGCGUCGCGUUCCUCCUCCACCGCCGCCGGCGCCUCCUCCCCGAUCCCUACUCCGACAAGGACGACGCCCGUUCAGACUCCCACCGUCUGUUCCCCGACGACUCCGCCGCGUCCGACCGCGGACCCGAGGCGCCCCCCUCCGUCGCAGCGUUCUCCGACUUCAUCUACCUCGGCACCCCCGCGGACGUUCGCCGCGACGACUACGGCAAAGAUGCCGGCCACCCCGCCGCGGACCCGAUGGACGGAUCGUCCGAGCGGAAGAUGGGCUCCCCUGAGCUCCGUCCUCUCCCGCCGCUGCCGCGGCAGUUCCGGCAUGGGCACGGGAAUGGGGAGACGGGGACCUCGUCGGAGGAGGAGUUCUAUUCGCCGCGGUUGUCCUCGGCAGGGAGGGGAAGCCCUGGGAGGGGGAUUGGCGGGCAAAUGUCGAGCCCCCGGCGGACGUUCCCGGCGGCGUUGGACAAUUGUGGGUCUCGGAGCUCGACGAUGAGCACGCCAUCGUACCCAACCUCGAUCAUGGCCUCGUCUCCUCAAUCAUCACCGGUGGCUUCGUCGCCGCGCGUGGGAUCAAGCCCCGGCCAUUCCUUCGGCGGAUCUUUGAAGUCCAGAUCUGAAAGGAACUUGACCGGAAGUCUCGUGUUCGCACCUCCACCGCCUCCACCACCACCUCCCCCGCCGCCUCCCCUUCGGCCUCUAACACCUUCACCUCCAAAGCGGAAACCCCCUUCGCCUUCGCCACCGUCCUUCCCAGUGGAGAAAGAAUUCGAAGGAAGGGCGGAAGCUUCUGAUCUCGCAGGACCGACUCCGGAGUCCCCGAUGACGCCUGGGCACUUCUCUCGUAAUCCAUUCGUCGUUCGUACUCCGCCGGCGCCACCGCCACCGCCUCCUCCCCCACCACCACUGGUUGGGUACUGGGAGAGCCGGAUUCGGAAGCCGCCAGUUAUUUUGCCGCACAAGCAAGUAGGAGUCAAGAAUUCCUCAGCAUCGGUUUACCCCGCAGAUUCGAGGGGGAAUUCAGAUGAGAUGGAGAAGAACGAGGAAACCCGUCGCCGAAAGUUGAAGCCUUUACACUGGGAUAAGGUCCAGGCGAGAUCCAACCGAGCGAUGGUGUGGGAUCAGCUACAAUCUAGCUCCUUCCAGGUGAAUGAGGAAAUGAUUGAGACUCUGUUUGUUUCCAAUGCAACCGAUGCCAAACCGAAGGAGACCAAUAAGCAACAGCUACUUCCUUCGCAGACACAGGCGAACGACAAGGUGCUUGAUCCGAAGAAGUCUCAGAACAUUGCUAUUCUACUGAGAGCAUUAAAUGUGACCAAGGAGGAAGUGUGUGAAGCCCUACUGGAAGGUAAUGCUGAUAGCUUAGGAAAUGAACUGCUGGAGACCUUGCUAAAGAUGGCUCCUAGCAAGGAAGAAGAACAUAAAUUGAAAGACUAUAAGAAUGAUUCGCCAUUCAAGCUUGGCACGGCAGAGAAGUUUCUUAAAGCAUUGCUAGAUAUACCAUUUGCAUUUAAAAGAGUUGACGCAAUGCUGUACGUAGCCAAUUUUGAUUCAGAGGUCAAUUUCCUCAACAAGUCCUUUGAAACUCUUGAGGCCGCCUGUGAAGAACUGCGGAGCAGCAGGUUGUUUAUCAAGCUUCUGGAGGCUGUACUAAAGACUGGCAACCGCAUGAAUGUGGGUACAAAUCGAGGCGAUGCACAUGCCUUCAAGCUUGACACACUGCUCAAGCUAGUUGAUGUCAAAGGCACCGACGGCAAGACGACCCUUCUGCACUUUGUUGUCCAGGAGAUCAUCAGAUCAGAAGGUUCCCGCCUUUCUGCCUCCAACAAUUCAGCUACGAAAACACAGGCAAAUGCUCUACGAGAUGACCUUGAGUGCAGGAAGCUUGGUCUCCAAGUUGUCGCUGGCCUAGGGGGUGAGCUGAGCAACGUAAAGAAGGCAGCUGCAAUGGAUUCUGAUGUACUCAGCAGCUAUGUCUCAAAACUAGCUGGAGGAAUAGGAAAGAUCAAUGAGGUCUUAAGAUUGAAUGGAGCAUCUGGUUCUGAGGAGAACAGCCAGAGAUUCCGUAAUGCCAUGGAUCGGUUUCUAGAGAGGGCAGAGGAUGACAUUAUAAAGGUGCAGGCUCAGGAGAGUGUUGCAUUGUCUCUGGUCAAGGAAAUAACCGAGUAUUUCCAUGGGAACUCAGCCAGAGAAGAAGCUCAUCCUUUCAGAAUUUUCAUGGUGGUCAGAGAUUUUCUAGCCAUCCUUGAUCAGGUCUGCAAGGAGGUUGGAAGAAUAAAUGAACGCACCAUUGUCAGCUCAGCACGGCAGUUCCCGGUGCCUGUGAACCCUACUUUACCACAUGUAUUCCCGAUUCAUGCAUCGAGACCUGAAGGCUCGGAUGAAGAGAGCUCAUUGUCAUCAUAGAUCUUUUUACGAGUUUUCGACUAGAAGUGCAGCAAACAUGGAAUCUAUUCCAGGUUAUUUAUAAUUCUUUGUGUUCUUAGAAUACUAAUUUAAGAUUCUUUUUUUUGUAUUACUAUUUUUUCUCUCCUAUGUACACACAAAGGAAAUCUAGAAUAGGAAAAAAUAAAUUUGGUUUCCCUUCACUUGCAUUCUGCAAAUCUAUGUUCAAAGAUUAUUUCUCUGAGAUAUAGGCAAGUAGUAGCAAACUGCAGGAAAGUGCUGUGUAUCAAUUCUGUGUCUGAAGUCAUCAGAGAUCUUACUCCAUUCUUAUAUGAGGAAUUGUAAACAUGAUGUUUUUGCAACUAUUCGUAUAGAAUGAGAUGGUGAAUCUUUCAGUUGGAUCGUCCCUUGAGUUCCAUUAUGAUUACUCGUAACACU